AUGCGCCAACAACCUGUCAACUGCAACUGCUGCCUCACAACCGCCUCCGCUUCAACCCCCUUGCCUACCACGACAUCGCCCACCCUCACCACCGUUGCUCCGAAUCCCGAAGCCUCACCGCCGACUAUCAUUGCCACUUCCAUCAUCUUUGCCGCAAUCACCGCGGCGACGUCGACAAAAUCCGCCUCUACCACCCUCGACAUCGACCGAAACCCUUCGGACGUCAUCUCUACCACCAGCACAUUCAAAAUCGUCACUCACACCUCCAGCGAUGUGGACUCGGUCCCAACCUGUCCUCGUUGCGACCGCACAUUCAACUACCUUAUGGGCCUUUUCGACCACAUCCGCAUUUAUGAAAAUCUGCAGUAA